AAAUUUACAAAAUUUAUGCAAUUUGUUUUUUUAGCAAGAAUAUUUUUUGUUUGCUUUUGUUUAAUGAGUGUUCUUCAAUAAUAUUGUUUGCAUAAAGUGAAUUGGCUAAAAUGUCGAAUAUAGUUACUACUAAUACAAGCCUGAUUCCCGGGACACUUACAGUUAAGGAAGAAAAUCCACUAAAAAACAUAAACAAUUUGACUGACUUAGAAUUAAGAGACACUAAGUCUCGACUAGAAAAGCUAUUGGAAAGCAAAAUCAGACUUUCAAAACUACCGGAUAAAGGGAAUCGUGUACAAACUACAUAUAAACGUGUUUUGUCGGAGUUGAAGCGGCGUGAAGAAGUUCAGGAAGCGGCUACCAUGUUUUCUAAGUUAAAUAUUGCUAAAAUUGGUAAGGCGGCAUUAAGUAAUCUAGAGUGGAAUGGAAAUAUUUCCGAACUUCAGAAUAAUACCUUUCAAGUCGUUUUGGAUAGUGAUGAUGAGGAGGAAAUUGAUCCAUUACGUUUACUUGCACAAAAAAAAAUGCACCGAAUCACAAAGGUUUUACCACCUGAACCUAGUCUAAUAACAGAAGAAGAUAUUCAAGAAAUAAAAAAAACUCAACACACAAGUCGACAUGAUGAAAAUGCAAAAUCUAAUGUAAAUAACAAUGAAUACAAUAAUGUUUUAAUUUAUAAUCAAAUUAAAGAAGAAAAUUUACAAAGCAAAAUUGAAAUAGAUCAUGUUGAAGAGUCUGCAUCUGCUGACUCGUCCAAUCUUGAAUGGAUUGAUGAACAUGUUAAGUAUAUAGUAAAUAAAGAAAAUCAAAUUGUCCAACAGCGGGAAAAGUUUAAACCAUAUAAAACCACAGUCUCCAAUGUACAUGAUCCCGAAAAAGAGCGUAUCCGUAAAAAACAUCAACAUUGGGAAGUAACAGCAGCAACUCCACCAUUGAUUCAACAUAAAGCCGCACAAAAGUUGACUUUGACGGACUCUUGUGAGCUGCAAAUUCAAAUAAUGAAAAGGAUAAAGGAAUCACAGGAGAAAUAUGCACAAGAACGCUUGGCUGCUAAACUGGAACGUUUGCAAAAUAUGAAAAUAAACAUACCAGAUGCGGAGGAACUUAAGAAAAUGUCAUCGUUCACAACAUAUCGGACUGCAAAUAACGUUAUUGAAGGCAAUCUUGUUUUGUCAGACCAUGAAUUAAAUGAAAAUGAUUAACAAGCAAUUUAAAGUAGGAUAUGCAGAGUACAAAAUUAUUAAAAGUUUAUAUUAUAAUUUUUAAUUAGUAAUUGUAGAUAUUUCUUUUUAUUUAACAUAUAAUAGAACAUUACAUAAGCAACAUACGUUUUUAUAAUAAUAAACUAAUAAUAAAAAUAGUUAGAGCUUAGCUCA